AGAUUUUCGUAGAUGACGAUGUUUUGAAACUUGAAAAACUUAAGGAUGAAACUUGAUUUUUAACUUAUUAACUUGAAAUGCCUCUUGCGAUCGUAUUAGACGUUUCACUUUCCAUGUCAAGAGUAGCAAGUACUCCAGACGACGAGGAAGAAUACCAGCGAAAGCAUUUAGCCGUUCAAGGAAUUAACGUUUUAUUGGAUCAUCUUAACGCUCACUCUAAACUUGAGUUUGUUUCAUUGGUUGUCUUUUCGUCGCUAUAUGAAAUUCUCUGCUCAUUUACCAGAGAUUAUGAUGCUGUUAGAGCCAAACUUCAAAAUAUAGAAGACCGUGAUAAAACCUGUUUGGAAGCUGCUUUACAUGGUGUCAGUAUGUUGAUAAAUGAAGAAUGGGGACAGAACACACCUUGUCAUAUACUCCUCAUUACUGAUGGGAGCUCAAGUCUUAAUAUUUUGGGAAUGUCACGAAGUCUGUUAAAUGCAAGCCACAGAGGUGCUUCAAGAACGGAAGAAACUCUACCCUUUCUGCCUUUCAAUUUCCCGGCCAAAUUCCAUGUAAUAGCUAUCACAGCCCCAGAUGAUCCAUCACUGGCUGUUAGUAUGCCAGUAUAUCAAAAACUAAUUGAUUUAUCUGGAGCAGAAGGAAGUGUUUUUGUACCUGAAGGAGGACUCUCCUCAAAGAGCGUGCAAAACUUGUUCGCCAAAAUUGCUGAACUUCAUUACAGUUCGUUUGAAGGUACUUUGCGAUCAGGUUCACUGUCCGAUUCAAUCCUACUAUAUCCUCCUCCUAGAGAUCAUCACCACAUUGGAGAUAUGGAAGUUAUACAUUGUAAAAUUUCGAAGGAUAUCACCAUAUGUGGUUUCGUCGACCUAGUUGAUGUGGCAAGUCCGCCUGCCGUGUCGAGACACCUAGUGCUUCCAGUACACUCGACCAACAAGGGUGAUGUUUCGUUGGCCGAGCUAAAAGCUGAGGGCGAAGCAGAUGACGAUCUGUUGGCCGUACCGGAAGAAGGAAAGAAUCCGUCGUUCUGCGUUCUUCUUCAUGGGGCGCUCAAAGUAGAAAACAUGGGUGCUAUAUGCAGCGUAGGAGAAAAGUGGUUCGGCCUACUGUACUCUUGGGCUGACAGUAAAAAGAAAUCAAAUUUGAUGCUGUCCAUAUUUGAACCCGGAACAAAGUGCAUACCUUGGCUUGGGGACUUAAGUUUGCUUGGCUCAUUAAGCGAGGCCUCCGGUCAGGGCAGUUUUACCACUUUUCCAAUCAAACCUAAUGAAAAGCGAAGUUAUGCCCAAAGUUGUGUGGUCUGGGUCCAACCAGGCAAUUUACAGGCUGACAUUCAGAAAAUCUUACGCCACGCAAGGAAAAUGCCGGAUAAGACGCAACACUUUUAUAAGGAGCUGAACCGGCUUAAACGCGCAGCACUUUCCAUGGGAUUUGCUGAUUUAAUGGAGACGAUGGCCGUAAUUUUGGAUCGAGAAUGCACUCUUCUUCCACACACUGCACAUCCAGAUUGUGCCAUCCAGUUGACGCAUGCAGCUGCCCAACUUCGGCUAUCCCGUGAUGUUCGCCACAAUAUCACCGCACUUCGCACUAAAUUCACUCAUGAUGAUUGAACCAAUGUUUUUUUUAUAUUUGAUUCAUGAGGAAACCUAAAUCAUACACAGUUAUGUGCACUCA